AUGUGUGAGGGAGCUGCGGGAGGGCACAGGGCGGGGCCAGGCCUGUGUGUCUUCUCCGGGCUCCCUGGAGACCCAGAGGGAGCCCAGCUCAGCUGGCCACACAGGCCCAGGCCAAGACAUGAACAAGAUCUUCCCCCAGGAGGCCGUGGUCCCUGCUGCUCAAGACGUGGUGCCUGCCUCUCCGCCCUCCUACUGCUACUGCUGGCCACACUUGCUGCCCUUGUCACCCUAGUCAUCAGCCUUGGACUCCCAGCCCGCACACCAGGGGCCCAGGCCUGUGUGACACCAACCAACAGGACAGGCUUCCUGUGCCAUGACUGGAGGAGCUGUAUCCCUGCCAGUGGGGUAUGCGACGGCCUUCGCACUUGUCCGCACGGUGAGGACGAGGACGAGAGCUUGUGCCGAGAUGCACCCCAUAGCCUCCCCAGCUUCCUCGUGGCCCGCUGUGGAGACCCGGCCUCCUGGAUCUAUUCUGACCAGAAGUGUGACGGAACCAACAACUGCGGGGACUGCUCGGAUGAACUGAGCCCAGUGACCGCGUGCCCACCCUGCGGCCCUGGGUGGUGGCGCUGCUCUUCCACCUUCUUCCAGUACUGCGGCUGUGUCCCGAGGACUUUGUGCCAGGACGGCAUGCAGCACUGCUCCGACUGGUCUGAUGAGUACUCCUGUCUGCGAUCCUAAGGGGGUCAUCCAGGCCAGCCAGGGGCCACUGGGGAUGGCGCUGGUGACUGCUCACACAAAGCCUGAGUCCUGGCAGCCAGGCAGUAAAGCACUUUUAACAUCGUCUCAUAGAGUGGGGUGCAGCUUAAUGGUGAAGCACUUGCCUGGUGUGCUCAAGGCCCUGGCUCCCAUCACAGCACUGCAAAGCAAAGCAAAACACAGUGGUCUAGUGGCACCUCCACAGCACCUGUGAAUCUGAAUCGCCUCUCCUACACUUCAGUGGCUUAGCCUCUCCCUGAAUGCCUCCAGCAACAGGGAGUUAGUUCUGUCACGUCAGGCACUUCAUACAAAGAUGAGAGUCUACCUCCAUGAUUUUAGGUCUGUCUGGGGUCACAUGGAGGAAAUGGGCACAUCUGCUCCAAGACAGGUUUGCAGCUCCUCAUCUUGUCAUCCCUGGAGAAAUCAGUCUGGGCCAUUGCGAAGCUGAGGAGUUUGGCCAUCCUCCAGGAUGGCACAGAAGUGAAGCACAUACCACUUCCGGUCCUGCUGGUACCUUAGGCUGACAAGCUGGGUGUUCCUUCCUGACUGGUCACGUGAUAUUGUGCAGGCGGCAGGGCCUUUGUCAUCCUGCUAGCAGGAGGCAUCCCGGUGUGCUGUAGAACAGAAGAUGUGCAGGGAGGAUGGCAGGAGGCUGCCUCACCACUCUGCCCACCCUGCCAAGCCCCUCUGGCCCCACCCCAGCUGCCACCUGGACAGCCUUGGUUCCCGAAAAAAGGAUUGGAGUCGCAGUGAGCUGCUUCUCAGCCUGUUCCUACUUUACAACACCCAGGCAGGCAAGGAUGGAUGUCUUCCUUAGACAGGUGGCGAAACUGAGGCCGGGGGUGAGGGGAGUGACCCACCCUGGAUCUCACAGCAAAGUCAGGGCCAGAACUGAAACAUCAGUCACACCCCAGCUCAAAGCCUUUCUAGAAGGAUUUUUUUUUUUUCCUAGUUCAAGCUGCCUUAAGGGUGAGUGUGGUGGGACUUGUGGA